AUGACUAAAAAUAUGGAAAAUUUGAAGAAAUUUGAGACAACCGUUCGAAGCCGUGUUGAGUGCGAAGAAAGAGCGUUUCACAUAGUGAAUAAUCUUAUUGAUGGUAAAGUGGAUGGACCUUACCUCAUAAAAUGUGGUCAGAUGAUAUCACGAGAACACUACACAGAUGUUGUUGAAGAGAGAGCCAUCAGUUAUUUGUGUGGGUAUCCGCUGUGUGAUAAUGCAUUAACUAAUAUCCCAAAGAAACAGUACCACAUUUCAACCAGCACAAACAAAGUUUACGAUAUCUCAGAAAGAAAGAACUUCUGCAGCAACCAGUGCCUGAAGGCAUCAAAACAUUUCUGUAACCAAAUCCCAGAGUCCCCUCUUUGGACAAGGGCUAAAGAAGCACCAGCAGAUAUAAAACUUCUGCCACAUACUGAGAUCAGUGGUAUGGUUGGAAAUGAGGUGGUGGGGACAUUGCCACAAAAACUUCUGGAGAAAGAAAUCAAGAAGCUAGAAGAGUUGGAAAUAAGAUCACCAUCAGUUAAAAAGGAAAGACAGCCUCCAGAGAAAAAGAACAUUCAAACUGCUACACUUUAUAAAACUGUGCAUGCAACAGACAAGGAUGUGAGAAAUAAACAUGAGGAAAUAGUCGACAGCAAAUUACUCAAACAUAACGUGAAUGAUUUUAAAGAUGAGAAAAAUGAAGAAUCUUUAGAGGAGAGUAAGAGUGAAGAACUAGUUGAUAGAAAUGCAACGAAACAUAGUUUUACUGAUUUUCAGGAAGGGAAACCAACAGAGCUGGAAGGAACUGUAGAAUGUGAAGCAUCUGUGAAUAAAGACAUUAUUUCACAAAAUAGUAAUACAGACGGACAGCUUGAAGAGGUGACAAUACCUAACCUAAAAGGACAUCUUAAACCAAAGCAAGACGUUAGCUGUGUGAUAUAUAGUAGUAAUGUCACCGUGAAUCUUGAUUGUGAAAAUGUAAAUAAAGACAGAAGAUUUGAUCAUGGAAAUGAACAGACAACAAAGAUUGAUUACCUCAUGAAGUUGUUAUCUAAAAGAAAAAAUGUUUUAUCAGGAAUGAUAGAUGACAUCACAGUUGUAUCAGAUGGUAGUUCGCAGCCAAAUGGAGGCAUAUUGCCAUCGACAGAAAAUAUGAAUGUUAUAUCGUCAGCAGAAGCCACCUUAGAACAAACAUCAGAUCAGCCUCCUCCUGUUAAGAAUUUGUUGCAAGCCAAUGGGAACCAAGUUGACUUAAACCAAAACAGCUCCAAAAAUUCCUCGGCCAAAGCUUCCCACAGAAACCUUAAGUCAUCUUCAAAGAAGAAAAAAUUACCCAAAUCACCACUUGAGCGACUCGGAGAUGUCAUUAAAACAUGGAUCACACCAGAAACAACUGCAUACAUCCACUCCUCUACAGGAAGCAACAGUGAAAAUUCAAUGAGCUUUUCAGAUCCAAGAAUUCAAAGAGGUUAUGCCAAUUUGUGCCAGCGUCUGGAUUCACAGCAAAAGGACUUUGAGGAUCUUAUUGAUGGCACAGAAGAUGUUGCAGAUAAAAGCGGCAAGUCUUUAAAAUCUACCCCUGACUAUGCUGCUCUGAAGAAGGAGUCAGAAGAAUUUCAGCUGAAGGUGAUGGAGUUUAUUACUGGGAGGAAACCGGAAACUGUGCAGAAGGAGGACAGUGAAGACACAGACCCAGUCUACAUCCCGACGGUUGAUGCCUUCGACCAGCAACAGAUCCGCACCAAGAUUGUCCUUGACCGCUUGGAUAAAUUCUUGCCGGACUUGCUCCCUCCUCUUCGCCUCUCGGUGCAAGAUGUGUCGUCUCUGGUCAGGGAACUGGUCUACACUUUUAGAUUUGAAAAAGAUAACAUUAUCUUCAAGCCAUCUGAAUGGAUUUUAGUGGCUAUUUUUAUCCUGAAGAUGUUAGGUAAGAAGAAUAAGAGCAUUGCUGCAUCAUUUGCUGGAGACUCAGCCGUCCGCCAUUUCAAUAUUUUAUUCAAGGGAAUAGGGGCUACAGCUGCUGAUCUGGAUGUGGUGACAGAGGAUAUUCUCUCAUGA